AUGGCCCAGACUGCGACACAAACUGCUCAACAUGCUUUCGAGGAGGGCUAUCUCGUAAAUGAUGGACUUCUUGACUCCGGCAUGAUUGGAAAGCUCAAACAGUCGUAUCCAUCCGAACCGAUCGAAGCCCUGAGAGCCCGCUACGAGAGAGAAGGAUAUCUCUUUAUGAAAGGCCUUCUUCCUCGCUCUGACGUACUCGGCUGCCGAGAAGCAUACUUCAAUUUUCUCAGCCCCAGUGGUGUUCUACAACCCAAUUCGGCUCCCGUUGAUGGUAUCUUCGAUCCUGACAACAAAGGCGUCAACUAUCCUAGUAUCGGUGCCGGCCCUUUUGGCAAAGAUCAAAUCAACCCAGGUUCAUUCGCUAGUCUUGCGGAGAAAGCUCAUACAGAGGACUUCUACCUUGAGUUUUCGAGACAUCCAGCCUUGAGAGACUUUGUUUCCAACUUGAAAGGCUGGGGCGAUGAUACAAAGUUACUCCCAAGGUCUUUGUUGAGGAAUAAUACGCCGCAUAACAAUGCAAUUGGAGUGCACUAUGAUCAGUCGUUUCUACGAUAUGGAGAGCCUACUUCAGUGACAGCUUGGGUUCCGAUUGGGGACAUCAGUUUACAGGGCGGCGGGCUGAUAUACCUCGAAGGCAGCGACACUCUAGGUCGAACACUGGAAGAUGCAUUUAACAAAAAGGCUAGGGACGGCGGUAUGACUGAAGAGGAACGCAUUGAUGCAUUCAAUAAGAACAUGAUGUCCAAUGGUUUCUUAGAACUCGGUCCCAUCAAAUUUCUAGAAGAUAAUGGAGGUGGAAGAUGGCUUUUGACAGAGUAUGAAGCCGGCGAUGUUGUUUUUCACAAACCACAUAUGAUUCAUGCUUCAACUAUCAACAAGGAUUCUGAGAACCGAAUUCGACUUGGAACAGAUUUGAGAUUCGUGGAUUCUUCGAGACCUCACGAUACGAGAUGGUCUGCUCCUUUUCGGCUCGAUGAUGGGCUGUGA